AUGGUGUUGGUUGCUUUUAAAUCUGACUUCUUGGAACAUGAUGCAUUGGAACCAUACAUGAGCAGGAGGACACUGGAACUGCACUGGGGCAAUAUUCAUCGAGGUUAUGUAGAUAGCUUGAAUAAGCAGCUUGCUAACAGCCCAUUGUAUGGUUGCACAAUGGAGGAGCUUAUCAAAACCACAUUCAACAAUGGCAACCCAUUACCAGAAUACAAUAAUGCUGCCGAGGUAAUUAUUUCCAUCCAUGAUUUCUUCUGGGAAUCAAUGCAACCUAAUGGUGGAAGGUUGCCAUGGGGGGGAGGUGUGCUCGACCAGAUUGAAAAGGACUUUGGCUCUUUCUCUAACUUCCGAGAUGAAUUUGUACAUUCAGCUAUGAUGCUUUUCGGAUCUGGCUGGGUGUGGCUUGUCUGUGAGUUAAAAUUGUUUGGACCAUAA